GUCUAAAUAGUGGAAUUGAAAAUAUAACUCAAGAAAAACUUCAACAUAUUCGAAAAGAAUUAAGAAGUUCUAUUAGCAAUGUAGAAUAUAAACUAGCUCAACAUUCUGUUGGGAUAUCUAAAGAAUCGUAUAGAGAUGGUGUUAAUAAAUGCAAUAUGAUAAAGCGUGUCAAACCCGAUAAUAAAUUUAUACGAACAAGUAAUCCUAGAUUUGUUCCAGGAACAAAAACCGUCAUUUUAAAAAAUGGAAAGAUUUUAAACGAAAAAGGAGAAUUUAUUUUAGGUGAUAUUAUUUUAAAAAAUGGGUUAAUUCACGAUAUUGGACCGAAUCUCAUUGAUGAGGAUGCUAUUGUAAUUGAUGUUAAAGAAAAAUAUAUUACACCAGGACUUGUCGAUAUGCAUAGUCAUGUCGGUCUCAGCUCUUGGCCAUAUUUGUCCGCUACUAUGGAGACAAACGAAAUCACAGAUCCGAUCCGGUCUUACAUUCGCGCUCAGGACGCUAUAAAUCCAGGUGAUCUAGCAAUUAGGAUUAUCGCAUCCGGUGGUGUUACAACUUCGUUGGCGUUUAUGUAUGAUAUAGUUCUGCCUGGUAGCUCUAAUCUGAUGGGUGGUGAAGCUUUCGUUAUCAAAAUGAGACCUGUUGAUACUUUGUCAGUGGAUGAUAUGGGGGUUUAUGCAAACAUUGAUCCUGAAAAAGAGAGAGCUUGGCGUUAUUUAAAAAUGGCCUGUGGUGAAAAUCCAAAGGGGAACUACGGUCCUAUUGGACGAAUUCCUGCUACACGGAUGGGAGAAGCAUGGCUCUUCCGUAAAGUUUUUGCUGAAGCACAGGCGUUGAAGCAGAAACAAGAUGAUUGGUGUGAAGCUGCAGAAAAAUUAAGUAGCGACGAGCAAUUGAAUUCAUAUUUCCCGGAGGAAUUCAAACUUGAAAAUUUGGUAGCAUUAUUUAGAGGCGAUGCGAGGCUGAAUGUCCAUUGUUAUGAGACCUAUGAUAUAGAAGCAAUUAUUCGACAUUCUUUGGAAUUUAAUUUUACUAUUACAGCUUUUCAUCAUGCACUGGAUGCUUAUCGUAUUACUGAAAUUAUUAAAAAACGUGUAAAAAAUAAUAUUACUAUUGCGACAUUUUCUGAUCUUUGGGGCUUCAAGAAGGAGUCAUUUCAAGCUAGUACAAAGUCUCCGAAAAUUUUAGCUGAUGCACACAUUCCCGUAGCCCUAAAAUCUGACCACCCCGUAACAAAUGCGCAACAUUUGAUAUUUGAAGCUUCCAAAGCACAUUAUUAUGGUCUUGAUGAACAUCUUUCCUUUGCAGCCGUUACAUCAGUGCCCGCAAAAGCGCUUGGUUUAGAUCAUCGCAUCGGUCAGAUUUCAAAGGGAUAUGAUGCUGAUGUUGUGGUUUGGGAUUCUUACCCACUUGAUUUGGGUGCAGCUCCAUUAGAAGUUUAUAUCGAUGGAAUUCCUCAAUUCAAUACUUCAUUAUAUGCACUUGAAACUGAUAUAUCAAAACAAACCCUAUUAAACAAUAUAAAUGCACCUAAACCGAAGUCAAGUUUUACACAAGAGCCUGUUAAAUCGCGAUUAACCUCCUCAGUUGUGUUAAAAAAUGUUGGCAAGAUUUAUGUUGAUAAGAACAAUAUAAUUGAUACCACUUCAUCAACACAAGGAGAUAUUAGUGUAAUAGUUAAAGAUGGCAUUGUUGAAUGUAUUGGUAAUAAUUGUACAGAACCAGAACAUAUUUCAUCAUAUGAAGUAAUAGAUUUAAAUGGUGGAUAUAUAUUACCAGGAUUCAUUGCUGCUGCAUCAUCUCUAGGAUUAUCAGAGAUCGCCAGAGAAUCUUCAACGACAAAUGGUAAAGUGACUGCUGUAUCCAAUCCUAACAAUGCUGAAGGAAUUAUUUACGCAAUCGAUGGAUUGAAAUUGGGAGGUAAACAUUUAGAAGUCGCGUAUAAAGCUGGAGUAUUUACUUCAGUCACUCCGCCUCUCUCAAAUAAGGGCGUGUUUAUUGGCGUUUCUAUGGCAUUUGAAACCGGUGCUAGCUCUGCCACCAUACCGACAGUCUCGGGUCAGAUUGCUUUGAUUAGAAAAACUUUGAUAAAGAAUCUAUUGCAAAAUAAUAUCUUUGGUCGUGCUGCACGCGGGGAUAUCCCUUUAGUAGUACUAACUCACAACAAAGAUGAAAUUGCUUCCUUGAUUCGGUUGAAAAUUCAAGUUAGAAUAAAUGGUGGACAUUUAAACCUUGUAAUAUUGGGUGGUACUGAAGCGCAUAUGCAUGCUGCUGAAUUGGCUAAGCAUAGAAUACCCGUAAUACUUACCCCACCCCGACCUGUUCCAACGGCAUGGUCUGCUCAACAUGCGUUAACAGGCGCACCUAUUACCAAUACAACCGGAAUUGAAAUACUUUAUGCGAAUAAAGUUCUAGUAGGAAUAGGUGCAUCAGAAUCUGGUGCAGAAAGAAAUUUAAUUUGGGAUGCUGGCUGGGUAGGAAUAAAUUCUAGAGGGGUAAUUUCCGAAAAAGAGGCGAUUGGGUUUAUUUCAUGGAACUUGGAAGAAAUCCUUGGCUUAAAUAGAAGAAAUAGAAAGUUAAUGAAAGGCAACAUUGCAAAUUUUGUAGCGUAUGAUGGGAACCCUUUUGAUAUGAGUACAAGAGUGAAAGUUGUUGCCGGAGGUGGUAAGAGUGAAAUUCUUAUUAAUCCUCAACAAGAUUAG